GCCAUGCCCGCCGUCUCCCGUUCGCGCCACUCUGGACUGGACGCCGAUAACUCUGCGUGAUCAACAGCUGCAGAAAGCCCAUCCCAGUUGACCAAGUCAAGCGAUCCCGGCACUAGUUCUACACAACUUGCACGGGGCCGACAUGUAAAGGCGUGGCACACGUGGCGCUACUGAGACUCUCUUCUGGACCACGCACGAUACUUGCUGGAGAGAUGGAUGCUGGAUCCGGAGCCUUCUCACGCCUCCGUCCUCUGGCUCGCACGCAGAAAGGAGCUGCCAAUGUGUCAAGCAGCUCGCUAGCGAGUAGCGGAGACGGAGACGACCUGGACUCCUUGGGCCUCCGUUCCUCGAUAGAUAACGUGAUAGGCAAAGUCAAGGAGCGCACCAGCCGCAGGAGUUCUGUUGAUGAUCGAGGGAACAGCGAGGAGCCACCGGAACGCCGACUGACUACAUUCGUAGCCAAAACAAAACGAAAGAUUCGCCCAAACCGUGGCGACAAUCUCGAGCGUGCUUCGAGUACGGAAUCUAAACUCGCGCCCGAUGUCAACCUUUCCGAUUCAUCGUCUCUGAUGGUCAGCGGCAGUGGGGGCAGCAGUUUGUUCACAGAUGACGACGAGGAGAAAGUCGAUAGCUACAACAAACCCAUCAGGCCAUCUCUUUCCACACAUAACUCACACUCUGGCUAUUUGACCUUCUCGUCUCCCGAAAUCAUCACGCAAACGCCUGCCGUCAGCUCAGGAUCCGACUCUUUGGUGCCGUCUCAGGCUGCGCCCAGGACCGAGCCGCUUGCAAACAGCAUUCCACACAUCAUCGAGCCGUCUGCCGCUACCACGGCCGCUUUAGAGGCUCCUGCAGCGACCCCAUUACGAAGUCCCUCACCUGCUAGCAAGGUCCGCGGGAAGCUGACCUUGAAUCGCAAGAAGCUUGGUGAUACAGACUCAUCGAAGUCUGCAGCAGGUGGGGGUCUGGGUGGAUUGCUGAAGACUGCUAGCAGGAGAAAUAGCGUCAACGAGAAGCAAGGCAGCGAAGAAUUGGGCUUGGAUGGGCUACGAAUUGCGCAAUCGGCUGCCAGUGAAAGUCAAGAGACACCCGAGACACCAGAGCGGACCCCAACACACGCGGAUACGCCGCUCCCAGCAACGCCCCCAACCCUCACAACCACGCCUUUGACGCUUGUGACACCACCGACACCGACUGAGCCCUCCGCUUCUGCCACCUUUCGCUCUCCGUCGCCUACGAAAGGCUCUCCUGCGUCACGUCCUCUGAGUUCUGUUGAGAGUAUACGACAUCGGCGAGCUCAGUCGGCGAACCUGCCAAGUAAACUUUCCACCACCACCAUAGCUCCUCUCACUCCAACGCUAGAGGAGACCAAGACUCCAGGAGGAACACUGACGCACGGCGGGCAAGGCGACGGGAGCCCAGGCUUCUUUUCUUCCUUCAUCUCUGCGACACAGAAAGCAGCCGGCUCAGUUGGUAGCGGCAUCAACAUCCUUCCCUUUCAGAAGCACAAGACAAACAGCACACCACAACUGGUAGAUGCCACUGAAGGAGGCGAGGAAGUCAUACCUGGCCCUGAGAGCCGACCAACGACAGAUCUAGCACAAGGUCAGAGAUCACCACUGGCAAUAGAGACUCUGGGGAGAGGCGACCUCAAUUUCGGGCACCUAGGCAUCUCCGAGAGCGCGCCGGAAUUGAUGGCUUCGGUAGAUGAUGCGCCGCACCCAGCGCAUGCUGAUGCGCCCAGUCAGAACGACGAUGGCGGUAGGAAAGCAGAAGAGGAGGCCGCGGCUAGGGCCGUAUCGAGCGCAUAUGACAAGGCUCCAAGUGAGACUGCGACAGUGAUCAAUGAUAGCAACAGGCCUCUGUCAAUAGCGUCCAACGAGCGGCUGACGUUGGGCGAAGAGACACCUCCUCGAACCGGCACUGGCACUGACAGUGGCAAUGUAAAACGAACGGGUAGCGUGAGGAGUAAAAUCAGUGGCCGUCGGAAGCAUCGUGGCAGCUCAGCAACGGUUGGGACCAGUAAUUCGAUUGCUGCAGCCUUGAAAGACAGCACGAGCGGUCUUGCGCAACCGGGCAUACAUGGCACGGGCCACAGACUUACUGGCUUCGCUGUUGCGAGUAGUAAGCGUAAUAAAGACUUCCACAACCAAUUCCGCAGCGUUCCGGAGGACGAUUAUCUGAUCGAAGACUACUCUGCAGCUUUGCAGCGCGACAUACUAUUACAUGGCCGCUUAUAUGUGUCGGAGGGUCAUAUAUGUUUUUCAAGCAACAUCCUUGGUUGGGUGACCAAUCUUGUGAUCAGUUUCGACGAGAUCAUUUCCAUCGAAAAGAAAAGCACCGCGGUGAUAUUCCCCAACGCAUUAAUCAUCUCAACACUACAGGCACGGAAUACUUUCGCCAGCUUUGUGGCGCGUGACUCCACAUAUGAGCUUUUGAUCGGGAUCUGGAAGAUCAGCCACCCCAACCUCAAGAGCUCGCUGAAUGGUGUCGUACUGGAUAAUGCUGGGACAGGGGACAAAACAGAAGUCGCAGAGGUCCCAGAAGGUGAAAACAGCACUACUGAUGGAUCUGAGGACGAAGUCUACGACGAAGACGCUGACGACGAUGCGGGAAGUUUCACAGACGGCGGCAUAGGCGCCAGUGAUGUUGGAAGCAACGCCGGUGAUAUGAGUCUCAGUCGUAAGACUUCAGGGGCUCCUGUUGCCGCGGCGCCACAGCCCAACGGAUCAGCAUCCAAAGGCUUGGACGCCAACGAUGUUGCUGUCACUGGUGCUGCGGCUGGUAGUGAAUACCCAGGCCUUCCGAGUCACGAGCCGACCGAAUGUACUGACGGCUUGGAGCACUACGACAAAUCCUUGGCUGACACCACGAUCCCGGCGCCACUCGGACAGGUCUACACUCUGAUGUUCGGGCCUGCUUCGGGUGCCUUUAUGAGAAAGUGGCUAGUAGAAGAUCAGAAGUCGCGCGAAUUGAACUACGCCGAUGACAAGACAGGUCUCGAUAACGAUCACAAGACUUUCGUGUUCGAUUACAUAAAGCCGUUGUACAACCCAAUGGGCCCGAAACAAACCAAAUGCAUCACGACCAUGACUCUCAAGGCAUUCGAUCUCGACAAGGCGGUGUCGGUGGACUGCAGCUCAGUGACCCCCGAUGUUCCCAGCGGCAGUUCCUUCACUACGAAGACGAGGUAUUGCUUGAUGUGGGGCCCCAAUAAUUCCACCAGAAUUGUCGCUAGUUUCACCCUAGAGUGGACGGCGAAAAGCUGGCUGAAAGGCGCAAUUGAGAGCGGUGCACUCUCAGGCCAGACAGACUACGUGAAAGCCAUUGUCGUGGCUCUCAAAGCUGCCGUGACCACGAAGCCACCUGUGAGAGGUCCGCCCAGGAAAGCCAAGCGCAAAGGGGGCAGGAAGGAAGCUUCCGACAUGAACGAUGUCGUCGCUCAACACGAACCUUCUACUGCGCCUGCUGAUGCCAGUCCCUCGUGGGGAUUCUUCGAACCAGUACGGCCACUGCUCGAACCUAUUGCCGCUGUCCUCCGGCCGUUCCUCAACUCGCAAGUGAUCAUUGCAGUACUAUUUGUGCUCUUGUCGUAUUCCUGGCUGUUCGCAGGUCGCGGCGGGAAUGGCGUAGGACUCACUAGGUACUCGCCCGCAGAACGGGUUGCAGCGUACGAAGAGAUUUGGAAACGAGAGGAGAGCGCUCUGUGGGACUGGCUGGAAGACCGGGCUGGGCUUGCUGGCGGAUAUGACCCUCCAGUAGGACGGGUAGACACGCAAAAGGUUCUCAACGCUAAGUCUAUGGGCAAGAAACUAGAAACGCAGCGCAUGAGCGAGAGGCAGAUGGACGCUGCAAUUCGGAGCACCGAGGAGAAGUUGGCUGCGCUCAAAGAUGCCGUGGAGAGGAAAAAGAGCAGUCGUAGUCAAGAGGGAAAGUAGGCGUGAUCACUCCAUCAUGACAAUCCUAUGAGUAUGGUUAAUUGCAUGUAGCAAGCGUUCUCGCUCGUCUGGUUGUAAAUUACCUAGGUUAGGUAGUAUGUCAUAGCCCUGAUCCAGC